AUGUUCAACCCAACACAAACAAGAGUUCGAAGAGAUGGAUUCAAGGGAUCAGGUGUUGGAAGUGUUAUUGGAGUGGAAUCAAUGUCAGCCGAUCAAAUUGGGAAACCACUUUUAUCCAAAGUCUCUUCAUUCUCAUCCUCAUCUUCUUCUGCUUCUUCUGCUUCUUCAUCCCAUUCCCCGUCUUCCUCCUCCUCCCAAAUAAUCGGAACUCAAACUGUCGGAGCAAUAAACAGUGGGCGCUGGUCGCUGCUGCGACAUGGUGACAUCCGUUGA